AUGAAUCUCCUUUGUCCGGAGUUUUAUGUUGCGACGCCCACGGGCUGCGUGAAAGAAGUGGAGACCGAACCUAGGUGGUCUUGUGAUGAGGGAAAUCUGAAUGGCUCCACGUGCGAGAUUUCGCGGCUGCAUGUUGAGACGCGGAAAUGCGCAUCAGGGUUCGACAUUGUAGACGAAAAGUGCUUGAGGCAGAAGCAUGAGUCGUCACUCCUCAAGUGUCCUUUAGGAUAUGACCUUGACGGCGAAGAAUGUGUGAAGCUGCUCAGGCAACCCGCUCGAAAGCGAUGUUUAGAAGGCAAGGUUACUGCCGACAAUACGUGCCUGGGCUCGUCGAUAUUCCCGGUACCGCUUGUAUGUCCCAACAAUUCUGUUCCGGAUGGCGCGAAAUGCCGAAGGACAAUGACGCAGUCCGCAGCUCCCCUGUGCCCCGCAGGCACGGAAGAAGCCGACGAGGUCUGUAUCAAGGAGGAGAUUCAGCCAAUUUCUUUGGUCUGUCCUUUGAGUGGGAGUAAGCCGGACAAGGACGGCAGAUGCAAGACCAAGGAGCCGCCAAUGAAGCAGUGCCCAGGGGGCUGGACGUUUAGGGGCAAGGAGAGCUGUGUUAAGCGAUCCGUGUUGCACAGGGAACUGGUGUGUCCGCAGGGCAUGAGCCUUGUGGGCAAUCAUUGUGCGGCUACGGAGUAUUUUGACCCGCUGCGAGUGUGCCCUGAGGGUACCAAGCGGCUGAAUAACGAUGAGUGUGUGAUGGAGACCCGGCUGCCGAUGUCGCUAGUGUGCGAGCCCCCAUACAUCCUGCUGGAGGACAGUGAGGAAUGCUUGUUCUCUAACAAGUUGCUUGCGGAGCAUCAGUGCGCCCAGGGCUUCUACGACGAGAACCAGAAAGUGUGCAUUGUCGCCGAAGUGAUGCCUGUGGAGAAGAGCUGCCCGCCGGGAACGAGGAAGGUCCGAACGGGUCUGGAUCACUAUUGCGAGGAAAUCGUGUACGAGGAGGCGCAUCCUUCCUGUCCGACGGACUUUGUGAUCUCCGAGGGCGUCUGCCGUGGCAAGGCGACUGUUCCGGGCAAGGUGGUGUGUGAGGCGCCGUUUAUUCAGCGCGACGGUGUGUGCAUUGUGGUCGAGAAGCAGUUGUUGGAGCCCUACUGCGACAACGCGUUGCUGAAGGGCAGUUCUUGUGUGACGGACAGAGAGCAGCCUCCCGCGGUGCUGUGUCCGGAGGCCUACACCUACGAGCCGGGCUCCCGAGUUUGCAAGAAGUUCCUGUGGUCCCAGCCGGUGAUUGAGUGCAGUGGUUGGAUGUGGGAUGGGAAGGUGAAGGAGUGCUACACAUUCGAGGCUCCUCCGCAGGUCGGCGACAGCAACCCGACGAGCGACGAUGAGCACCCGACUGGCGGCAGUCCGUCUGGGUCUCCUUCGGGAGCUCCGCCGGGUGCGCCGGCGGGGUCAAACAAUACCCACCCGAGCACUACUGACAAGCCGGAUGAGUCCCUGCUGCCCAUGGAAGUUAAUGUGUCGACGACGACAACCACCACUACGACCACGGCCACGGUCAAGGCCAAGGUGCAGUUACCGCCCAACGGGAAAGAGAAUUUCGUUCCGAUUCAGACGUUUACUGGCCCCAAUGCCGUGGCUCAGGCGCACCAGUACGAGGCACUAAAGCUGCAGGGUCACUCAUCGCAGCCGGUGUAUGUUCCGCAGGUGCACUAA